AGGAAAACAUUACACGACAUGGUUGAGGAAAACAUCAAGGAUGCCCAGACGAAAAUGAAAGAAGAUCAUGGAAGAAAAGUUGCUGCCAAAAAUUUGUUUGCACCUGUAAACAUUGUGUAUAAGAGGAAUUGCCGGAAAUUGCAAAGGAAACAGUCAAAGCUGAAAGAACUGAAUUAAAAUUUUCCAUACACCAUUUCUGAUGUUUCAUCCAAAGGAGUUGCUACUCUUAUGGACAGAUCCGGAAGAGUGUUAAAGUUGAAGUGCAGCGUUGGAAACCUCAAGUUAAAGAGAAGACCAAUGCAUUUGAUGAUCGAAUGGAAAAGCCAUCACCAGUGAUGACAGCUUCCACAGAGGAAACCCAGGAAAAUGAACAUCAGAGUGAUAGUGAGGUGUCUUUUAAGAUGGUGCAACGUGAAGGUGAGCCAAAUGAAGACGAGGCAUCUACGAGAUCAUCAUCACCAGUUUUGUCAGAUAGGACCCUGCAGGGAGUCGGAGGAAGACUGAAAGAAUUCUUCGAUGCAGGGCAUUUUGCAGCAAUCCAAACUUCGGUGACAUCCAAGGCACUACCAAAAAUCACCUCCCCAUUGCAAAUCCCUGAGUUGCAUGCCGAUCCAAGACUCUCACUCAUUGCUGAUACACAUGACGAGAAUGAAGACCUUUACGACCAUGUCUUCAAGAUUCUUCUGGCGGAAGUGAAGACUGAAGAUAUUCACACCAAAUUGUGUUCAGCAAUGUUGGCAACGGCAGUUGUGGUGUCCUCGUAUUCUUCAGGGAUGCUGCGUCAUGAAACCAUGGAGACAAUCAAUGAAGUUCCGAAUCAUCUGGAAAAAGUGUCCCUAAGACAUUUCCCCAAGUUGCCUGCAUCGAAGAAAUUGGUUAUUGACUCUAAUUCCAUUAUAGGAAAAGAUCUCUAUUGCCUCGAUGGUCAGAAUUGGCUGGAUGAUUCGAUCAAACAUGCUUAUCUUGGCCUCCUGCAGAGAGAGAGGACACUACUGCAGAAAAAUGAAGUCUUCAUUCUCCCAUGCUUUCUAAUGCAGAAAUGGACCAGGAGGGACUACCUUUCCUGGUUAUACCCAAACGUGAAGUUUUCCUCCUAUGCCUUUAUCCUGAUGCCCAUUUGCAGCAACCACCACUGGAUUCUCUUGGUCGCCAGUGUGUCAAAGAAAACAGUUUUGGUGUUGGAUCCCCUAGGACACCAACAUCCGGACAUCGAACACAAGUGGAGGAAGUACAUGUACACGAGGGAAACAUACAUUCCGGAAGGGUUGGAAAAAUGGAGCAGUGACCAUCAAGCUGUAAGUCGUCAAAGAGAUGGCAACAGUUGUGCAUAG